AUGAUGUCGAACAAGGCGAAAUCGGUGACGAUGCUCACGAAGGGCAUCGAGAUGCUGUUCAAGGCGAACAAGGUCGACUACGCAGUCGGGCACGGCACGCUGACUGGGCCCAACUCCGUGAAGGUAGCUCUCAACGCCGGUGGUGAGCAGGUUAUAGAGGCCAAAAACAUAAUGUUGGCCACAGGCUCCGAGGUAAUGAGCCUGCCUGGCAUCGAGCUGGACGAGAAGGGUCGUCGGAUCGUCUCCAGCACCGGAGCGCUCGAGCUGGACAAGGUGCCAGAGAGGCUGACCGUCAUCGGCGGCGGCGUCAUUGGCUUGGAGCUCGGAUCCGUGUGGGCGCGGCUGGGCAGCAAGGUGACGGUCGUGGAAUUCAUGGACAGCAUCGGCGGUCUCGGCAUCGACUCGGAGGUGGCCAAGAACUUCUUGGCGAUCCUCAAGAAGCAGGGCAUGGAGUUCCAGCUGAAGACGAAGGUGACUGGCGUCAAGAAGGUCGACGGGGUGGUGGAGGUCAGCACGGAGCCCGCGGCCGGCGGGGAGACUUCGGUAGACAAGUCCGACGUGGUCUUGGUGUGCGUCGGCCGGCGGCAGUUCAUGGACAACCUCGGCCUGGAGUCCAUCGGCGUUGAGAUGGAUGGCAAGAAGGUGAAGGUGGACCACAACUACAUGACGAACGUGCCCGGCGUCUACGCGAUCGGCGACAUUGUCCAGGGCCCCAUGCUCGCACACAAGGCGGAGGACGAGGGUGCCCUCCUGUCGGAAUACCUGGCGACCGGAAAGUCGCCGCACCUGGAUUACAACACGGUGCCCUCCGUGAUCUACACGUACCCGGAGGUGGCUUGGGUGGGCAAGACAGAGGAGCAGCUCAAGGCCGAGGGCGUCGCGUACAAGAAGGGUAAGUUCGUCUUCGGUGCCAAUUCCCGCGCCAAGUGCGUGGCCGAGGAGGCCGGCUUUGUGAAGGUGCUGGCCGACAAGGCGACUGACAAGCUGCUGGGCGUUCACAUUGUCAACGCCCUGGCCGGCGAGCUGAUCGCCGAGGCAUGCGUGGGCAUCGAGUACGGCGCUGCCUCCGAGGACCUGGCCCGCGUCUGCCACGCCCACCCGACGCUGUCCGAGGCGCUCAAGGGGGCGGCGCAGAUGACGGCAUUCGGCAAGGUGCUGCCGCACACCACGCUCAUCCCGAACAUCAAUCUCCGCAACAUGAUCGAGUCGCUGACGCAGCGGAUGCCCGCCCUGCAGCGCCAGCAGCUGCGGCAGCUGCGCGAGAGGCAGGACCUGGAGGCCAUCCUGGCGGCGCUGGCCGAAGGUCAGGAGAAGGCGCUGCCCGGCGCGCCGCCGCCCGGCGCCUCGCCGCAGGCUGCGGUCGCCGGCCGCGGCGCGGGCGCACCGGCGCGCGCCUCCGAGAGCUCACGGGGCCCGCGGCGGGGGGCGGAGACGAACCCGUUCCGGCGGAUGCUGGCGGAGAAGGAGCACGUCCGGGCCGCGUUCGAACCGGGCUGGGAGGCCGCUUCGCGCCAGCCGCCGGCGCCAAACUGGGCCGCGCCGCCGCCCGCGCGCGCAGCGCGCUCGACGUCUGCGGGUGUGCGGCGCCCGCCGGACGGCCUGAGGUGCGGCGGCGGGCCCUCCGCGGCGGCCGCCGCGCGCCGCCCCUCGCGCUCCGCCUCCCCGUUCGGCGCCGAGGGCGGGCCGCCCGCGUGGCCGGGGCCGCCGGACGCCGGGGGCGGCGGCUGGCCCUCCGCGGCGGCCGCCGCGCGCCGCCCUUUGCGCUCGGCCUCCCCGUUCGGCGCCGAGGGCGCGCAGCCGUCCGCGGCGUGGCCGGGGCCGCCUCGCGGCGCGCAGGCCGCUGGGCCGGUGCAGUGGGUGACGUUUGGGGCUGGCCCGGAUCGCAGCGGGCGGCGGGGCCCGCCCCGUGGCCGGCGGGGCCAGCGCUGCAGCCGCAGUGGCAGCGCGGCGCCGCCGCGGGCGGCGGCAGCCCCUCGCGGCAGCCGCAGGUGCCGCGGCGAGCGCUGGACUUGUCGGAAGUGGCGGCGGCAUCGCCGACGUCUGGGAAGGCGAGGGAGGACCGACGGCUGCCGUGGGUGCGCCCCCGCACGGGAGCGGCGUUCGGUCUCGCCGGCGCCGCAGGAGAGGGCCGCGCCGCCGCGUUCCCGGCGUCCAACGACGAGGGCGUGCGCCGUGCGCUGCUGCCGCAGCGGCAGGAGGCGUGCGGCGGGGCCUCGCCCGCGGCGUGCGCGCGGUGGCAGCAGCGGCACUGGAACCUGUAGGGGGGCGGCGCCCGGCGGGGGCCGCCCCGGGCCCGACGCUGAAGAUGGCUCGGCCCGGCCAUUCCCUACGUCUCGUCCGCCUCCCCGGUUCAAGGAGUGGCGAAGCGUCUCGGCUUGCUUUUAUUCUCUUGCAUAGGGUGUCUAGAGCUCAGACAACUUUAUUCUCUUGCACAGGGUGUCUAGACCAUGGCACGCGUGCCACUUGUUUAUAAGGCCCACAACAGGAGAUGCUGAGGACCUUUUCUGGAGUGCACGAAAGGUUAUCAUAGCAUUGCUGGCCGAG